CGGGCGUCGCGACGCCGAGCGUCGGACGUCGCCGUCGGUAUUACCCGCUCGAUCUUUCGGGGCUGGUCUACGCGUUCGUCGCGUUUUUACGUAAGAAGCCUGGACUCCGCGGAAACGGGGAUGUGAAACGAUCGGAAAAGUUUUAAGUUCUCGGUUUAAAUCACCCAUGGGACACAUCGCCGGCUGGAAAGAUGGCCAUGAUCAGGUGCUGUUUCGAAACGGAAGUGCCGGACGUCUUCGAGUCCCUCGCGAGCAAGUGCACUGACCCUGGCUGCUGUUGUUGGUGCUGUUCAGCUUUACGUCCACGGUACAAGAGGCUCGUCGACAAUAUUUUUCCGGUCAACCCACAAGAUGGCUUGGUCAAAAACAAUAUGGAGAAGUUGACCUUUUAUUCGUUAAGCAGCCCUGAAAAAUUAGAUAGAAUCGGAGAAUAUUUAUUUCAAAGGGCUUCCAGGGAUAUUUACAGGAGAAGAAAUGGAUUCGUGGUAAUCGCUAUGGAAGCGAUGGAUCAGCUUUUACUAGCAUGCCACGCCCAAACAUUGAAUUUAUUUGUCGAAAGCUUUUUAAAAAUGAUACAAAAAUUAUUGGAAUCCACUGAUCCUCAGCUACAAAUAUUGGCAACGCAAUCUUUUGUCCGAUUUGCCAACAUCGAGCAAGAUACGCCGUCUUAUCACACACGUUACGAUUUCUUUGUAUCAAAGUACUCUGCAAUGUGCCACUCCAAUAACGAUGACCCUGCGAUCCGCAAGCAAAUCCGACUUGCUGGAAUUCAGGGCUUACAGGGGGUCGUAAGAAAAACACUUUCGGAUGAUUUAGUGGAAAACAUUUGGGAACCUGUUCAUAUGGAUAAGAUCGUUCCAUCAUUGCUAUAUAAUAUGCAAAAUUCGAGAUAUUCGAGUAAAGAAGAUGCAACACCGGACAGCCCGACCGAAGAGCGGACUGAUCCACCACAAUUUGCGGAAACUUGUAUGCGAGAACUUGUUGGGCGUGCAUCGUUCGGACAUAUCCGAUGUGUUAUUAGACCAGUUUUAAGGCACUUAGACAAUCAUCAAUUAUGGGUUCCUAAUUAUUUUGCUAUUCAUACAUUUAGGAUAAUUAUGUUUUCCAUUCAGUCACAAUAUUCUUAUACAGUUGUGGAAGCAUUAAUGACGCAUCUCGAUGAUCAUUCGAAAUCGUCCGCAAAAAUUCGAACUAGUAUUGCGGAUACCUUAUCAAAAAUUAUUUCAAUUGCAGCUGGUGAAAGUGUUGGUCCAUCCGUUCUGGAAAUAAUAAAUUCUCUACUGUCUCACCUCCGAGUUAGCGUAACAAGAAACCAACCAUCUAGUAGCGACGAACAGUUGUAUCAAGAAGCGCUUAUUAAUGCUCUUGGGGAAUUUGCAAACCAUCUUCCAGAUUACCAGAAAAUAGAAAUUAUGAUGUUUAUCAUGAGUAAGGUUCCAUACAGUCAACCGGAUCGUAUAGUCUCGGUUGGAAAAGGAGAUGUGUUACUUCAAAGUAUUCUUUUAAAAUCUCUUUUAAAGGUCGGCACAAAAUAUCAAACUAUACAUUUAAAUACAACAUUCCCGCCAAGUUUCUUGGAACCAUUAUUAAGGAUGUCGCUGGCAGCAGACGCUGAGAUGCGACUUUUAGUACAAAAGAUCUUCCAUACCUUAAUUGACAGACAUCAAAAUAUUAGGAAACUUGCAAAACCUACAGUAAACGUGGCGCCACUUGAUCUUACUAUUGAAAAAGCAUCCAGACCAGAUGUGAUCUUUAUUCGGAAACAUGGCUCUGAAAUCUAUUUGGCGCUUUAUGAGUCGUUGGAAUUGGCAAGUAACACGGUAGAAAAUGUGGAAUCUAUAUACACAACGUUGGCACUACUUGCUGUAGAAUUGGCUUCCGAGGAAACGAUAUUAGAGCUACUAAGAUUAGUGCUGAGUCUUCAAGAUUUGGCUCUAACAAGUGGUCAAAUUAGCGUUUCGCUAAAAUUCAACUUGCACACAAUUGUCAUCAGUUUGCUAGUAUUGAUAUCUUACGUUUGUAACAUUACGUCGCUCAUGGAUUAUGCAAACAAAAUUGUAGAAAUACGGCGGAAAGAGGCACCACAUCUGUUACCUGAUUUGCAAUCUCAGUAUGAUCCCGGUUUAUCUUCUAGAUUAGCUCCAGUUCUUUUAGUUGAUCAAGCUGUUCUGAGCGAAUGUUUGAAAGGAGCUGGUCUGGACAGUGGGAAGCUGCAACAGGGAUCUGGUUAUAGCAGUACUUCGUUACAACAUCGACAUUCGUGGGUCGAUAGUGCCGGUCGAAAUUCAUUAGCAGAUAUUAAUUCUGGUGCUACGGAAUUGGACAGUGGUGGCUCAUCUCCUGGCGUACAGAAGAAAUUGCUAGGAGAGGAGUUAACAUUCGAAAGUAUGAAACGAAUUCUAACAGAAAAUAAUAGUAAUCACGCGGUGGAAGGAGAAAAGCGAUUACAAUUGUCGCACUUCUUUAGAAACGCACCAUUCCAAGAUUUGGUGUCAAAAACACAACCGAAGCAUGACGUUCUUCAAAGUAAAUUAUCAGAAAUAUUUAAUACGUUGGCCGUCGAUCCACGUAAUACAACUCAACCAGGCGGACCGCCAACAGAUGCCAAACCUAAUCAAGCACCACCAGCUUACGAAAUACACUUUCCCGAGUUGUUUGUUUAUUAAAAUAACAUAUUUUUGUAACAGUGUUAAUCCUUUCGCUGCUAAAUGUGCACAAGUGACGCUCAAAUUGCAAAGAACGUAUAAAUAUAGCGAUGAAUUGUAUUUAAUUCGCUAUUUUAUCUUUAUAUUUAAUUGAUAAAAUGUUGUUAUCGACAAUACAUACGAGGUAACAUUACGUAGUAUUGUUUUCUGUGUACAGUGAGAGUAAACGCUUUUAGAAUUAGGUAAGCACACGCAGCAGCGAAAGAACUAAUAAGUUUUAUGUUAUGUUAGACAAAUGUCAAUUAUAAUUGCGUUAAUUUAUUUAUAUAUUUCUCAUGAAGAUAUGUAAAGAAAAAUGUUUUUAUAUAUAGUGCAUUUUUAUGGCUCGAAUAAUGGAUCGUAAUAUUUAUUUAUAUUAUGUACGUUCGGUUAUACAUAUGUAUAUAGGUAUACGUAUGCGUUUUUAAUUUAUGUAAAAAUUGUUAUCGCUUACUUCCAGUAAUAGGUAAUUAGUAUUACUUUCAUUUUGAUAAAACUUGUUGCAUAUUGUAUUUGUAAAAAUGCUUUAAAUAAGUCAGAGAAUACAAUGAAUAAUUCGUGACAUCAUGUAAACUAGUGGUGUGCAAUUUGUGUCGCAAUACGAUCUAUAAUAUCUAACACUGAUAUAGUUUAAUGUUGGUGUCAUGCUACUGAUAAGCCAAAUAACAUAUUUCUAAAUUGGUUUUAUCGUUUGCACACCACUGGUAUGAAUUGUAUAAAAAUGUAUCGAUAUUAUAGGUAGGAAUAACUUAUAAAUGAGAAAAUAUUCGCAUUAU